CCCAGGUUUGGCCGACCGUAGUCCAUCCGCAUCUUUCACAAUAUGUUGUACACCUCUCCCUCUCUCUCUUCUUGUAAUAAUUUCUUCUUGUUUGUCUUUGUACCCAUUUCUUUAUAAAAAUUCUUGAUCCAUAAAACCAUCUUUGCUUAUUGUCCACCCUUUCUCUCUUGUUAAAAAAAAAAAAUUCUACUUGAUCUGCCAAUCUACCUACAAUUUUGAGCAUUAAAAGAUGUCAAUGGACUCGGUAUCUGAACGGGUUUGUUAUGUUCACUGCAACUUCUGCAACACCAUUUUAGCGGUGAGUGUUCCAAGCAGCAAUUUGUUCGCUAUUGUGACGGUUAGAUGUGGGCAUUGUGCAAAUUUGCUGUCUGUUAAUAUGGGAUCUUCACUUCAGACAUUUCCUCUUCAAGAUCCCCAGCAUAAACAGUCGCAGAAAGUGCACUUAAGCACUGAAGAUUUAAACAAGGAUUGUGGAUCAUCUUCAAAAUGCAACAAGGUCACUGCAUUUGAGUCUGGUGAUGAUCAUGAACCACCUAGAAUGCCUCCCGUCCGCCCUCCAGAGAAGAGACAACGUGUUCCUUCUGCAUAUAACAGGUUCAUUAAGGAGGAAAUUCAAAGGAUCAAGGCUAGUAAUCCUGACAUCAGCCACAGGGAAGCUUUUAGCACAGCGGCAAAAAAUUGGGCACAUUUUCCUCACAUUCACUUUGGGCUGAAGCUGGAGGGAAACAAGCAUGCAAAAGUAGAUCACCAGACAUUUGCAGGAGAGGGUACUCAUAAAUCUACUGGAUUCUACGAUAUCAAUGGCAGCCUGUGAGUUAGGAAUGAUAGAAUUAUCAAGUUUUAUUUAUGUAUAAUAAUAAUAACAACAAUAAUAAUAAUUAAAACAAUAACAAUUGUAAUUUGAGGCUGAAACGAAGGUGAUCUCAUGGUAUCCUAUAACCAAAUAGGAAGCCCUCUUGAAAGCCUCACCAACUUUAUUUUCGUUUUUCUUCUUUACUUUUUUUUUCAGUAAUAUUAUAUGAAAAAAUGUAUUGAGUGUGUGUUUUGCCUUUCCUUACACUCUAAGAAGUGGAUGCUAUUCUAGUGAUUAAUGCAUUUCUGUUUGAAACUUUA